GCCAAUGAAACCUGAAGCUAAUCUGUUCUCAAGGCCUCUAUAUAAAAUUCCCAUUUGCAGAGCCAAGUGGUGGAAGCAGCGAAACAAAUAGCAGAGCAGAAAAUGGCAGCAUCAGUGGCCAAAGGAGUGUCCCUCAACCACAUAUCCAGAGAAUCCUCGGACAUCAGGCGUCUCGCCAACUUCUACAAAGAGAUUUUUGGGUUUGAUGAGAUAGAGAGCCCCGAAUUCGGGGAGUUUAAGGUCAUAUGGUUGAAUCUGGCUUCAGCUUUCCAACUCCAUCUCAUAGAGAGGAACCCCAGCACGAAGCUUCCCGAAGGUCCCUGGAGCGCCACGGCACCCGUCGCUGACCCCAGUCAUCUCCCCAGAGGUCACCAUAUCUGCUUCUCCGUCUCCAAUUUCGACUCUUUUGUGCGAAAUCUUCAGGAAAAAGGUAUUCAGAUUUUUGAGAGGUCUCUUCCUAAUCGGAAGGUUAAGCAAAUCUUCUUCUUUGAUCCCGAUGGGAAUGGAUUGGAGGUUGCAAGUCUGGCUCCAAAGGAAUAAAUAUGCUGCAAAGGACAAUAAGCUAUGAUAUUGGAUAUGUGCCUCUAUUAAUUUCCUUACCUUUUUCUAGCAUGGCCAAUAUCAAGUACCUGAAUCCUGAUCAUGUGUUAUUGAAAUGCUGUAAUAAUCAUAAUAUGCUGCAGUCAUGGAACAUGUUAUCCAUUGGAUUUCUGACCAAAAAAUAAAUAGUAAAGCUUUGCAUGGGAAUGGAAUUUUGUCAAGGAAUUCCAUUUUCUUGGACAGAUA